AGGAACAUGGGAUCCUACAAUAUAUUCAGAUGACAUUUCCAGCCUCAACGUGGUCACAGUGGACAUGUUGCAGAAGAUCAACAAGGUGGAGCACCACACCACCAGGUACGACUCCCCCGAGCUCAUCAUACGCAGGGGACAGGAGUUCUUUGUAUCCGUGACCUUCAAUCGACCCCUGAGCCCCACCGAUAAGUUCCAGCUGGAGUUUAUGAUUGGUGCCAACCCCACAGCCAGUAAAGAAUCCAUGAUUAUAGUGCCUUUUGACGGUAGCCCCGGCGGGUCAUGGACAGGAAGGAGGGUGAGUGAGCAAGGUGCCAUGGUGAUGCUGGGCAUCACUCCAAAUCCAAAAGCGCUGGUCGGAAAGUUCCAGACCUGCGUGGCCAUCUUGAUCCCUAGUGGAAUCAUCCGGACCAAACGGGACCCCAGCACUGACCUCUACGUGCUGUUCAACGCCUGGUGCCCUGAUGAUGAAGUGUUUCUGAACAACGAUACAGACAGGAAUGAGUAUGUGCUGAAUGAUCAUGGAGUCUUAUACCAAGGAGACGUUGAUGUGAAGUCGCACAGAAUGUGGCUCUACGGUCAGUUUGAGCGUGGAGUGCUGGAAGCCUGCAUCUACAUCCUGGAUGCAUGUAAUAUGCCUAUUGACAACAGAGGCAACAGCAUCUACGUCACCAGGCAGGCAUCGGCCAUGAUUAACUCAGAGGAUGAUGAUGGGGUACUAGUGGGACGAUGGGACGAAGACUAUUCUCUGGGCACGUCUCCUAAUCUGUGGACAGGCAGCACACAGAUUCUGCUGAAGUACGCCAGCACACGCACACCUGUCCGCUACGGGCAGUGCUGGGUUUUUGCAGGAGUGUUCAACACCUUCCUGCGCUGUCUGGGAAUCCCAUCCAGGGUCAUUACAAACUACGGCUCCGCCCAUGACAAUGACGGCAACAUGAGGAUUGACCUCAUCUUCCUUCCCGAUGGACAACCUGACUAUUUCAACACAAGGGACUCCAUCUGGAACUUCCAUUGCUGGAAUGAGGCGUACAUGAGCAGGAGUGAUCUGCCUGCAGGUCUAGGAGGCUGGCAGGUAGUAGACGCCACUCCACAGGAGACAAGCAGCGGAUAUUAUCGUUGUGGGCCAGCAUCAGUCAAGGCCAUCAAGGAUCGUCAGCUCUCUUAUCCCUUUGACAUGAAGUUUGUCUUCGCUGAGGUUGCCAGUGUUGUGGUGUUCAAAAAGCGUGAUAAAUCUGGGGUUUUGACCACCUUCUACACAGACAAAACCAGUGUGGGAAAGUUGAUCCUCACCAAGUCUGUGGGCAGUGAUGAGCCAGCUGACAUCACAAAUACAUACAAGAACCCUGUUGGCGUCAGUUAUGAUAAACCCACCAGUGUUCCAGGAGAGGACUUGGAGAGCGACAACCCUGAGCUGCCAGGAACCACAGUGACAGCGACCAUCCUGGUCCAACAAGUCCGGCUUGAGCAGGACUUCACCUUGGCUAUUGAGUUUACCAACCUGGGGGGGGUCGAGCUCAAGAUACAGGCCAACCUGUCUGGCAGUGUGGCCUUUUAUACUGGAGUGCCGUCAGAAAAGUUCAAAGACGAAAACUUGGAUGUCACCGUCAGUCCACACACAACUGUGCGUGUCUUCGUGAAUGUGUUGGCGGUGGAGUACAUGCCCAAGGUCAACUCUCAUUCCAACCUCAACUUCACUUUGUUGGGACACACCACCGACAACCAGGACUUCGCUACUGUGAAGGCCCUCACUCUGCAGGUCCCUACUCUCAGCAUUGAGGUGAGCGAACCCCCCCGUCUGGGUGAGGCGAUGUAUGUCGCAGUCUGCUUCACCAAUCCCUUCACCUUCUCUCUGGACAACGUCUCUAUCAGCUGUGAGGGAUCUGGCCUCCUGGACUUCAAAAUCAAGCAGUACAGUGUGAUAGCUCCCAACACCACUGUCACCUGGGUCGAGUCGUGCCGUCCGAAGUGGACAGGGAAAAGUCGCCUCUGCGCCUUUCUGGACUGCAACAAGCUCAGCCGUGUCUGUGGCGUCCUGGACGUUCUCAUCCGAGCCUGAUUGGCUUGGCAGGAGAGAACCCGCCUACUUGCCCCUUUACCCCCUUGACCCACCAAUCAACAGAGAGCAAGGAAUGCGACGCCAAGUAGCACAUGUUAUUUUUGUUGCAGAUUCUAUUUCCUUGGAAUGAAAAUACGCAAAACAACUCAUUUCAAGUCACAUGUUCCCCAUUAAAAUUUAAAUGAACCUGUGGAGGCUAUAUUGAAAACUACGUUCAGGUUUUGAAAAAUAAUCUGUCUUUGAAAACAAUGCAAACCAAAUAUUUUAGCUUCAUAGAAUCUUGAUAAUUUCACAACCUAUCUGAUCAAAUGCUUUUCCUAUUAUACUCUUUUUGAAUUUGAAACUAAUAUGUUUAGACAGUGAAAAUUAUGCUUUUCUAUUUCCAAAUAUGAAUCUGUCUUUGAAAACAUUUGGCAAUGCUCUCAAAACCAGUAGAAACCUUGGUCUCUUACAUAAUCAUUUUGAUUAUUUUCUGCUUCAUUGCAUUUAUUAGUAUAUGUUUUAAUAAAAGCUUUGCUCAGCCAAUUUUGAUCAAUAAAGCAUUCAU